AUGGAGAGCACACCAGAGUUCGACAAAACCCUCGGCCAGGUGAAAGAGUUAUUCCUCAAGAAGAUAGACGCCGUGACGAAUUACACGGCAAAGGUCCAAAAAAUCUGCUCUACGGCUUUAGCCGCUUCACUACCAGUCAUUCGCCACACUCCGAUCACAUCACGAAUAAAGUCGUGGAAAUCAGCACAGGGCAGCAUCCGCCGACGGCAUGCUGAGUAUCUUCAAAAGAAACGCCUGCGUGAGCACGUAGAAAGAUGCGGUCAAGUGUGGGAUGACUAUUCACAAGAAAUGGGACUGGGCUCCUGGAAUGACAAUUUGACAUCUUCUCACAAUCCAAAAGAAUUACUUGAUGCGCUGCACGACUUUGGCGGAAUACGAAUAUCCCUUUAUUUCCCAGGAGAUCUGGAAAAAGUCGCUGAUAUACUCGACAAGCAUUUUGACGUCUUUCGGCGAACGGAAAAGGGAGAUGAGUCUCAGGUCAAUAUACAAACUAUGAAAAAUAGACUUGGUCUGACCGAAGAUCCUGAUGAAGGGAAGCAAGAAUUGAGCGCAGCGAAUGCGCUAAAGAAGCCUAUACGAACUUUCAAAGGCUACAAGGCAACUCACUUCAUUGUCAAGUUGCGCAAUAAAGACAUGGAAGAAGAUUUCGAGAUCGCCUGGGAAGAUGUCGUUGUUGAAAUUCAAGUUGGGACACUUGUCAUGCACGUGUGGUCUGAGAUAGAACACGACAUGAUCUACAAACCGCUUGAUUCACAGGGCGCAGGAGUGUCUGAGGAUGAGGAGCGCAUCUUGGACUUGAUAAACGGCAUAGUUCUGACAGGAGAGGCUGCGUUAAGACAGCUAGAAGCCAGUACUGCCAAGCGUCUGAACCUCCGCGCCAAAUACAAAGAAAUGACGGCAUGCAGUCACUACGAAAUCGCCACGUGGAUUGAAAGAGACUGCAAAGAACUCAAGAUAGAUCUCCAAGGAGACGCGAAAUGGGCGCUAUUGGAACAACUUUUUACUAUUCUGAAAGCCACUGGCCACCACAAACACGCUGAUGUGACAGGGCUAAUCAAGAGGGCCGCUCAGAAAACUUCUAGUCGUCAUUUGAUGCCAGCUAAGAUGCUCAAGCUUCUAUGUCAGACGAUAGUAGAUUCGAAAUGGCGGCCAUUGGGUAUCGAUGACCAUUUAUGCUUGAUCAAAAACGCACGACUCUGGGCGCUUCGGCUGGUGCAUAGUCUGAACGUAGCCAUCUAUCUUGGUGUGGCCCAAGAGUUCAUUACAGAAAGAACUCCGCCCUGUCGCCCGUCAAUCAAUGCUUUUCUUGACAUUUUGCAUCCAUAUCAGCCCCGUUGCUUGGAUCACGGGAUUGCUGAUAUGAUUACAAAAUUCUGUAAAGCAGUACUUGAGGACGAUAUAGACUUGAAGUCGAACGUGAACGAACUGGUACAGGUGGCCAGAGCCCUGCCUGCUAGAAACCUGGUUACAAGUUUACCUGGUGCUGAAGUCUCAGAAAUAGUCCCAAUUCCAGUCAUUCUAUACCGGUUGCUGUGUGAUGACGUUGCCAACGAGGACAGUCAUAUCGAAGAUGUUUACCGGUCACUGGAGAUAAUCGAUCUGAUAAUGGUCCGUUCUGAAAAGAAACAUGAGUCCUCGGUCAACCUAGCUCGCCUGUUAGGAUGGACAGCGGAUUCUGAAGACCGUUUCUUUGUCCCUAUAGACGUGACCGGAAGCAUGCCAAAAAGCCGCUGGCAACUUUCCAAAGACAGUCUACACCUAGUGAUCCAGAGUGCAGAUCUGGCUGAAACUCAUCAGUUCGCUCUGUUACCGCAACUCGGAGAAUCGAACGGCGAAUCUAGCUUGGAAGAAGGGAACGGGACGUCAAGCAGUGUCCUCAACCUGGCAUAUCACCUCUACCCACAAGAACAAUGGAAAGAUGUGUAUAGGGCGUGGCAGCUGGUCAAAGACUUCCAGCUUGAUCAAAAACAAGAGACUCCUCAGAAUGACGUUCGGUCGGUCAUCAACGAAGGACUGAGGGCUUCGCUCCGACUACAGGCCGGGUUCUCUUGGGGUGAAUCUUCGAAAGAGGACACUAAACUUGACUUGAACACUAAAGGAGAAAUGAAACGCUUCCCUUCGAAUCCACCCGAUUUAAAGAGCGUUUUUGACGGAUUGAUAAGUCGAGGACAGCAGCCACAAGUUAACAACUUGUCUCGGGUUCAGCGCAUGAUUCCAAGUUUUUCUUCCAGCAGAACGACUCCUUGA